UACCGGUCUCUUCCUCUUCCUUCCGACGACGAGAAAUGCGAUGCGUAGUUAGUAUCUUUAGGGUAAAUUUGAGAAGGAAAUACGUUUUCUUUGUUUCUGAAGAUGUACUGAUGCUUCUGCCCUGAUUGUAUGGUGUGUCUUUCCAUGGUUGCCAACAUUUGACAUUGUAUCAGGGACGGCAAAUUCAAUUGUCCGUAUUGCCCAGGUUGUCCCAAAGCUUUUACGGACAAGUGAAAUUUGACCAGAAUUUACUAUAUAGCUAUCAUACGGACAAGUAAAAAAAUAGCAAAUGACAAAAACAGAUAAGCAAGUCAAAAUCAGAUUUCGCCGCACCUGUGUAUGGUGUCUUUCCGUUGUUACCAACAUUUGACAUUGUAUGGUGUCUUUCCAUGGUUGCCAACAUUUGACAUUGUAUGGUGUCUUUCCAUGGUUGCCAACAUUUGACAUUGUAUGGUGUGUCUUUCCAUGGUUGCCAACAUUUGACAUUGUAUGAUGUUCUACAUGCAAACAGUUUUUAACCCAGGGACUGGUCUGUAAAGAGCAGAUUGUGAGGGGAUUCACAAUUGGUAUUAUGAGAAUUUAACAGCAAAGACAUAACAGAUUAAGAAGAAAACUACCUGCCUUCUGGUUUAAAUCAUCUACUUCAGAAACUUGUUGUUCACCACCCUUUUGACAGUGCUGGGUAAUGGCAUAUUUACAAAUGAGAGAGGACUGCAGGGUAUUGCAUCAGAAGCCUUAUGGGAAAUUAUUUUGGAACUCCAAUUACAAUUUGGACUUGAGGCAUGCAUGUAAGAGGAGGCAGUUUGAUGACACACUAUGUGAAGAUUUGAGUGAGGCCUGUUUUUGGGAUUUGGGCAUGAAAAACAAGUUGAAAGGUAUUAAUGGGAUGCAAAUGGAGCUACUCAAAAUGAUGUACCACAGUGUUACUGAGUGCUAUGUGUAUGUGUAUAUCAAGUGUUUAAGUUUCCAAGUCGUGAUGGUCUACAUUGCCUGUGUUGAGUUGCCAGUGAGACAGAAUGAUAGCGUUGAAAACAUUCCACAAAGUGAAGCCCUAGUAGAAAGCUCAGUGGUUUGUCAGGAAGUGGUUAUUAAGCAGCAUUCCAUUGUUACAGUAUGCAGUAAACAUUUUAAGCCCAGUGAUACUGAAGUUAGAGAUGUUUCUAUGCAACAAACUACUGACGUCGAAGGCAAAAAGUUUAGGAACCUAUCACCAAAUGGUUUAAAAUGGUUUAAUGGUGCUGUCAACAUUCCCUUGCAUAUAUGUCGAAAACUAUUACAUUCAGCUCCCACUGCCUUUACCCACCUUUACAAUGACAUUGUACACCAAACAAGUCUUUCAGCAAAAGAUCUCACUAAUUGCUUAUUUACAUUUUCUAUGCCAAGGUUCAGAGGGCCAACGUAUAUUGAUGUCUUGCUCAACAAGAUAGGUCAAGAUCAAACAGAGCUUGAGUGUUUAGGAUCAGGGCUUUCUGGUACUGAUGUCAAGAAAAAUGGUAGUGUGAAAGCAAAGUAUAAGAAAGAUGGCACAAAGAAUGGAAAGACAGAUAAGACUGGUCAUGCAAAGUUAGAUCAUGAGAGAGCAGCUGGUGGAAAUGUUGAAGUUGAUUAUAUGAACAAAGCUUCUUUUGGAACAAAGCCCAGGGAGAUUCUACCAUUAAAAACUGGCACUCAUAAUUUACCAGGUUAUAAG